UGCUAACUAAUUUGUUACAAGAUUUUGGAUUGGCUCCUUGUAAAAAAGUGCGAGUUUCAAACAAAUCAAAGACCUACCUGUCGAGUGAAUGGUUUCUACUAAUAAUACAAAAAACAAAUGAUCUAUUGAAACUGUUUGAGAAGAACCAGUAGAACUUGAGACAAAAUGACUUCACAAUACGCUGAGUUGAGGGGGUUGUAUCAUUUAAGGGAAACUAUAGGCUCUGGAGGCUUUGCUAAAGUCAAGUUGGGAUACCACUCACUCACAGGAGAAAAAGUUGCCAUAAAAAUUAUGGAUAAGAGAGCUUUAGGGGAUGAUUUACCCAGAGUCAAAACAGAGAUUGAAGCUAUGAAACACUUGUGUCAUCAACACAUUUGUAAACUGUAUCAAGUAAUAGAAACAGAACAGAAAGUUUACAUGAUUCUUGAGUAUUGUCCAGAAGGAGAGUUGUUCGAUUACAUCGUUUCUAAAGAUAGACUUGCUGAAGAUGAGGCUAGGAUAUUUUUUAGACAAAUAGUAUCAGCAGUUGCCUACAUCCAUAGCCAGGGAUAUGCUCACAGAGAUCUUAAACCUGAAAAUUUACUACUGGAUGAAGACCAGAAUUUAAAGUUGAUAGAUUUUGGUCUGUGUGCCAAGCCACAGGGAGGAAUGGAAAAUCAUUUGUACACUUGUUGUGGAAGUCCUGCAUAUGCAGCUCCAGAACUUAUAUCUGGUAAAGAAUAUAUAGGGUCACAGGCUGAUUUAUGGAGUAUGGGUAUUCUGUUGUAUGCAUUGCUGUGUGGUUAUCUCCCUUUUGAUGACGAGAAAAUUCCACAAUUAUACAAGAAAAUCCAGAGUGGGAAAUAUGAGAAUCCACCAUGGUUAUCGGAAGAAAGUAAGCUAUUGAUAUUAGGGAUGCUACAAGUGGAUCCCCAAAAUAGAUUGACAAUUAAACAGUUAAUAACACAUCCUUGGUUAACCAAAGAUACAAACGUACCAGUAGAAUGGAAGAGUAAAUAUAAGAGAAGUUUAGAUGAGGACUGUAUUACAGAGUUAGCUGUACAUUAUGGUAAAACAAAACCAGAAAUGGAAAGAGAUGUAACUCAGUUUAACUUUGAUUAUUUAACAUCAUCCUACUUUUUGCUGUUGGAAAAGAAAAUGAAAGGUAGACCUGUCAGAUUACUGCACCAGAAACAAAUGCAACCUCAGACUCCUUGCAGGCCGAGGAGCCAAAGUGCAGAUCCGUCUUUCAGCAUUGAGUUAACCCCUAUAAGUUACACACCCACACAAAAGACCAAUACAAAUUGUGAUACAAAUGACCUUGGACCAAGGCCACCUCCCUGUGGUGCCGAGGAAAGAGGAAGAAGUCGAGCUAGAGAGAGAUUGCCGUUUUCUACAAGUGAUGAAAAUUCAGAAAAUAAGGAAAAUGAAAAUAAAGAAAACUUUCUUGUUCCAAAGACGCCAUCAAUAAUUAACAGAACACCUAAACCUAAAUCUGCAAAAGCUCCACGACCUGUAUCCACACAACCUAUUAAAACAAGGUCACCUCUAAUGGCCAAACAAUUACCUUUGUUAGAUGAUACAUUAUGUACACCUGGGAAGUCAGAUAACUCAUAUAUCAACACAACAUUAUCACCGUCACGGUCCUAUGAUUCACAACUCAACAACUUACAAAGAGAAAAGAUUCUCAGUGCCAAAAAAAAAACAAUAGAUUGCCAGAGAGGAUCAUCUGUAGAGGAAUGUUACCAGAGAGAACCUGACACACCAGGCUCAGCCUCCAAAACAAGGAAAGGAUCUGUAUUUGGUAGUCUUGAAAGGGUGUUUAACAUGUUAACCCCUAAAAAACAGAGAAACUCUUCCACAGAUGGACCUAGAAAAGUUAAGGCUUUACAUAACGUAUACAGGACAGGAGAAUUUAGUGCUGACUUUGUAUUAAGUAGAAUCAAAGCUGUGAUAGAAGAAAAGUUUAUACCCUACAAACAAAGCGACUACACAUUACGAUGUACUGUGAUGGAUGAUUGGAGAAGAGUUCAGUUGGCAUUUGAUUUAGAAGUUUGCUCAUUACCUAAAAUGCCUUAUAUUGGUGUAUGUAGAAAGAGAGUGAAAGGAGAUACCUGGCAUUACAAAAAACUGUGUGAAGAUAUUCUGGCAUCUUGUAAACUAUAAUGGUGAAGCUGUGAUAUAGCCAGAUAUUUUGACGAAGGAAAAGAUAUUUUAGUAAUAUUAUUAGCUAUAGACAAUAAAGUGCUGUGGAUAUGUGAUCAUGUUUAAGCUUGGCUUUGACCUCUUUUUUAGUUGUAAAAAGAAUUCUUGAUGAAUAAUUCACCAAUCUAUUUCAGUGUUUUUACUUGUGGAUACAAUUUUAUACUAGAUUUUUUCAAAGUUUGGUUAAUUACAGUGGAUUCUUUCAAAGUUUGGUUAAUUACAGUGGAUUCAUUUGGUACCAAUUUCAUGGAUUAUGGAAUUCUGUAUUUUCUCAUAUUCAUGAUUUUUAUGAUUUUACAAGUCUCCAUACAAGCCUUUGAAGUUAAGAACAUUGAAAUUUAUGGUUCACUGAUAACAAAAAAAAUAUCCAUAAAAUUUGAUAUCCAACGAAUAUUAUGAAUCCACAGUAUAUCAUUUAUGAUAGUUUUAUGAUUUUAAUCAUGUAAUUCUUUGAUUCUGUCCAAUUUAUAUUCUGGGCUUCUACCAUCAGUGUUUUUAUUGUAGGAAUACCUAAUUUUUACAUUUUAUAAACAGAUUUUAGCUAGGAAAGAAUACAAAUGAUCUAUGUUUUUGUGUUUUAAUAAAUUAUGUUUGUUUAUCAUACAUGACAAAGGACCUUUUAUCCCACUUCAACUUCUUAACAUAUGGGUGAUAAAUUAAUCUUGAUAUAUUAAAAUAUGAAGAUAUUGGAGAAUAUUGAAUGGCAAUUAUUUGAUGAUAUUCAUUAUUCAACAAUUCAUAUUUUUUUUUUACAAAUUUCCCAUCAAUUCAUUAUUAAAAACAGUUUUAUCUAUGAAAUUGUUAUAGAAAAUAAUUUUGUCAGAUUUAUUGAUUUAAACAAUACAUAUUUAACUCAUUAAACAGAUAUUGAUUUUCAUUUAUUCUAAAACAAAACAAAACUGUUAUAGGGCCUAAAAAAAGGUCUUAUAGACCCUUGACCCGAUUUUUUUUUACCACAUAUAUACACUUGCACAAAUCUUUUUGUUUAAGUUGCAUUGUGAAUACUUAUAUUUCUACUGCAUGUUUUGUACGUGUGUAAAGUAUAGCUUCCUAAAUACUAUUACAAUGCAAGAUGAACAUUACAUGUAAAUACUAUCUGAAUGCUUUAAAAAAUUAUUAACAUAUUUCUAAAAUAUUGAAAUAAAAAGAUGUGGUGUGAUGCCAAUGAGACAACUCUCCGCCAGAGAUACAAGGACACAGAAUUUAACAACUAUGACCUUCAACAAUAAGUAAAACCCCAGCACAUAGUCUGCUAUGAAAGGUCCUAAUUGACAAAUGUGAUAUUAUUCUAACAUGAAAACUAACUGAUUUACUGAUAAAGUGUUAUUUUUGGAGCUAAAAGAGAAAUGAAAGGUCAGAAAUACAAUGCAAAUAUAAAUAUGGUGCUUUUAUUUAUUAUUAUACUUCGAAUUUACAUAUAGUUAAACAUAAUAAUUAAAAAUAUUAUCUUCUUUGUGUUGAAAAAUAGCAUUUAAAAAGUGUUAUUUGUUCAAGACCUAAAUUACACAUCUUGUUUUUGAAUGUCAUACUAUUUUCUAUUUGCUGAAGUAGAAAAUCACAUUGAUAUCAAAUUAAUGAAUAGAGACAAAGUGAAAAAAGAAUUACAGACACCAUUUGAAUUGAUAGUGUUACUAAUACAAUUUAUACUGAAACUCAUAGAGUUUAUGCCGAAGGACUGAUACUCAAGUGUGGUUGUGUUAGACAAUUCUUUUUCUUUAGAAUUUUUAAUUGUAUACAUUUUUUUUACACAUGUGUAUUACUUAAGCAAUUAUUGUAAAUAUUAAAGCAAUAAACUAAUUAUACUUAUAA